AUGGCGGGCGACUUCAAGCUGUCGGCCCAGCUCCUUGGCCACGAAGCAGACGUCCGAGCCGUCAGCUUUCCCUCCCCCGACACGGUCCUCUCCGCCUCGAGGGACUGCACCGUCCGCAUAUGGCGCCGAGGCGCCGACUCACCGCCGUCGUUUGAGGGUGCCCUCGUAAGUCGCGGGUCGGAAUAUGUCAACUCCCUGACCUUCUCCCCGCCAAGCAAGUCACACCCAGACGGACUGGUCAUAUCCGGCGGCAAGGACACCAUCAUCGAAGUCAAGUCCCCUCGCGCGAGCUCCACCGACAAUGCCGAGCGCUUGCUCAUCGGCCACGCCCACAACGUGUGCACGCUGGACGUCUCCCCGAGCGGUGCCUAUCUCGUCUCCGGCGGCUGGGACGGCCAGGCGCGUGUCUGGAACCUGGACAAGUGGGAGACGGAGUUUACGCUGGGCGGCCACGAGGGCAUGUCCGUAUGGAACGUACUCGCCCUCGACGAUACGACAGUCGUUACCGGCUGCGCCGAUCAAAACAUCCGCGUCUUUGACUUGGGCAACGCCCGCGCCGGGGAAGUCCAGCCAACGUCCACCAUCUACACCCCGGCCGUGGUUCGCGCGCUGUGCAGAGUUCCCAAGGGACAUCCCAGCGGGGCCGACAUUGCCAGCGCUAGCAACGACGGCACAGUAAGGCUUUGGAAGCUCAACGGGCAGCAGGUGGGCGAGCUCCAUGGCCAUGAGAGCUUUGUCUACUGCCUGGCAAGCCUGCCGACGGGUGAGCUUGUCAGCUCGGGCGAGGACAGGACGGUGAGGAUAUGGAGGGGCCUCGAAUGUGUGCAGACGAUUACUCACCCAGCCAUCUCCGUUUGGACAGUGGCCGCGAACCCCGAUACCGGCGACAUCGUAACGGGUGCCAGCGACGGUGUUGCGCGCGUAUUUACAAGACGGCCGGACCAGGUGGCCGACAAAGAGGCGCUGGCGCUCUUCGAGGAGUCCGUCAAGUCGUCAUCGAUCCCUCAACAGCAAGUAGGCGGCAUCAACAAGGAGAAGCUGCCGGGACCGGAGUUCCUGACGACCAAGUCGGGCACCAAAGAGGGGCAGGUGCAGAUGAUCAAGGAGAGCAACGGCAGCGUCACGGCUCACCAGUGGUCCACGAGCCAGCAGCAGUGGAUCAACGUCGGCACGGUCGUUGACGCCGUGGGCAGCACCGGCAAGAAGGUCGAGUACAAUGGCAAGUCGUACGACUAUGUGUUCGACGUGGAUAUCGAGGACGGCAAGCCGCCGCUGAAGCUGCCCUACAACCUCUCAGAGAACCCGUACGAACGCGCCACCAAGUUCCUCAAUGACAACGAGCUGCCCCUCAGCUACCUCGACAACGUGGCCAACUUCAUCACCGAAAACACAAAGGGUGCCACGCUGGGGCAGUCGUCUCAGUCGGGCCCCGACCCCUACGGCACCGAGUCGCGAUACCGGCCCGGAGAAGAGCAGCAAGCUUCGCAGCCCAAGGUGCUCCCGCAAAAAGAGUAUCUGAGCAUCACGGCUGCCAAGUAUGAAGCCAUCUUCAACAAGAUUAUCAGCAUCAACAAGACCAUGAUAUCGUCCGGCCGCAAAGACGCCGCGCUGAACCCAGGGGAGGAGUCGGUGCUUCAGGCGCUGCGCCUAGCCCUGGAGACGUCCAAGCCGAUCCCCGCACAGGCCCUGGGCCUGGUGGUCCGGAUCGUGACGCAAUGGCCCUACGGCGACCGCCUGCCCGGGCUCGACGUGCUGCGCUGCGUCGCCAAGUACCCGUCGGCGGCCGACUACACGGACCCGCAGCACGGCACUCUCCUCGACGUGGCCAUCGGCUCGUCGGUACCCUCCGAUGCGCCGGCCAACGAGAACGCCGCCAUGAUGGGCGCGCGCACGCUCGCGAACCUGUUUGGCUCCGCCAACGGCCGCAGCCUCGUGAGCGCGCACGCCGACAGGGCCAUCUCGUUUCUGGAGCGCCUCGCCGGCGUCAAGGGCGGCGACGCCAUCGGCCCGAUGAACCGCAACAUCCGCGUCGCGCUGGCCACGUCGGCGCUCAACCUCUCCGUCCUCGUGCACCGCGAGAAGCUCCUGUCGGCGGAGCAGCGGCGCCGCGUCCUGGUCCUCCUCGCCGGGAUGCUCAAGCACGACGCGGACUCGGAGGUGCUGUACCGCGCGGCCGUGGCGCUCGGCACGAUCCUGUCGGCGUCCAAGGCCGAGGCCGUGGGGCUGGAUCUCGGAUCGGCGGUGCGCAGCGCGAGGGAGCGGUCUUCCGAGGAGAGGGUCAAGGCCGUGGCAGACGAGUGUUUGGCCCUGUCGCGGUAG